AUAAUGGCAACAUCUUCUAAUAGCUCUACAUCAUCAAAAGAACGUCAAAAGCAACUUAGUCGUGAGUGCCAAAAAUGGUUUAGAAAUAAGAAUAAAUCUACUGAUACUUUUGAAGAACUUCAAAAUUUACUUAAUACCAAAGUUCUUAUAAUUGUAGUUAAAACUGGUAAAACUCCUAUUAUAGAUACUGAUUCUGGUUCUGAUUCUAAUGAUCUUUCACCUUUACCUAAUACUGAAGUUCCUACAAUUACUAAUUUUGAGUUUAUUAAUACUCAAAGUAAUCAGACUUCUUACUGUGAUAAAACCAAACAUUAUAAUAUGGGUAGAAUGGAUCAAACCUGUCGAUAUUGUAAAGCUAAGUUUUGGAUAAUUGAAAAAGAUCAAAAUAGUGGGUAUGCCGCUUUGAGAUUUCCUCUUUGUUGUGCUAAUAGCAAAGUGCAAUUAUUACCUUUACUUGAAUCUCCACACUAUCUACUAAAUCUUUAUACUUCAACUAAUUCUAAUGCAGUUGAGUUUCGCAAACAUGCUAGAAGUUAUAAUAGUGUCUUGGCUUGCACAUCUUUUGGUACUAAAGUAAAUAAUCAAUUUUUAGGACAUAGUAUAUCAAAUUUUCAGAUUCAUGGUCAAGUUUAUUAUUUAAUUGGAUCAUUAUUACCAAAUGAAGGUCAUAUACCAGCAUUUGCUCAAAUAUAUAUUUAUGAUACUGCAAAUAAAAUUACAAAUCAUCAUAAUGUAAUGCAGGAAUUAAAUAAAAAUAUUUUACAGAUAAGAAAUAUUAUACGUGAUAAUGCAACUACUGAAAUUUCAAUGAUAAUUCGUGGUGAUAGAAAUCAAGAUAUUCGUUGUUAUAAUGCUCUAUCAGCUCCUGAUGUAGCUGCAAUAAUAGUAGGUGAUGGUCAUAAGGUAAAUCCAACAAAUCAAGACAUUCUUCUUAGAACACAUGAUGGAAAUUUGCAAAAAAUAGCAGAAAUUUAUCCUUCAUAUAAUCCACUUAACUAUGUAUUAUUAUUUCCUAAAGGUGAUGAUGAGUGGUACACAAAUAUACUACUUAUAAAUGCUUUAAAAAGAGAAAGAGUAACAACUAUGCAAUUUUAUGCUUAUAGAUUACAAAUUAAAGAUGGUGAUUGGAUACAGUAUGCUGGCCAUUUAUAUCAACAAUAUAUUGUUGAUCA